UCCUGGUGACAAUGGCAGCUGUGGGGCGGACGGAACCGCUGCGGAAGCCGUGCACUUACCAGCGGCGCUUCAGAGUGGAUGUUAACAUUAAGAAACCUCUUCAACCUAUUCAACUGAGCAGUGAGCAAGUGGCUGUAGAGAUCUGGUCUCUCUGUUUUCAGCUUGAUCUCCUCAUCCGAGCUGAGGUGCAUCAUUUACAGGAGCAGCUAAGAGAAGAUAAAAGUCCUGUAGAAUCAGAGUCUUUUCACACAAGAGGUGUACGUUAUGUUGAAAGAAUUAAACAAUAUUUGGAGCAUCUGCCGGACCCUGUUCCACAGCUGGAGGACUAUCUGGAUUCUCAAGGAUUGUCAACAUUGUUUCCCCGUGUUGAAAUAUUUGUAAUACACGGUAGACCUGUUGACAUGCUGGAACAGCCUCCUUUGGAUGUGUUGAAAGUGAACCCUGUGGUUUUCUGUAACUUUUACGUCAAAAGUGGCUUUUUGUUCAGUAAAUGAAGAACUGUGAGGGUUUUACAGUCGGGCUAUUUUUCCCACAUUGGGAAACUAAAUCAACUCCUGGUUUUAAGUCAGCAAUUGGAGGAUGAUUUGCAGCACCUGGGAAGCCACAAGUAUAUAGCACAUCAGCUUUCAGUCUUGUAUAAAGUUCUGAAUUAUUUCAGUGGGUCUGUUAGUCUGGGCGUCUUAAAAAAGGAUAUUGAAGCCAAUUUUAAAGCUUUAAAAUCUGGACUGGCUGUUGGCAAGGGGACUGAGCAAGAGCCUCUGCUACCGUAUCAUUAUGUAAACUGGAUACUCUGUCUUACUCGUAGUAUCAUUACAACUGUGACUAUCCUUCCUGAAGAACUUACAGAAGAACUAUCUUUGGCCAUGUCUUUUGUUAUGAAUCUGAGAUAAUGCACAAGCUUACUUUAGGAUGCUAGCAAACUGAACUUCAGUCUGAAAUGAAUUGACAAUUGUGCACUUUUUUAAAACACAACUUAAAAUGGCUCUCUUCUUUCUUCCUUCUGAAUGUGCUGGCUUUUACCAGUUUAGGUGCCUCUGUUACCUUACUGAAAUAUGUGUUCUUUGUGAGUGAGUGUUGCCAGUCUGUAUGACUGGGAGAGAGAGAGAGAGAGAGAGAGAGAAGAGGGGAUGCGAAGUCAGGGUGGCUGAGUUUGAUUAAACUCCCUCUCUAAUAACGUGUGUCUACCUCCACCAAAUGGAAUGCAGCAGUUCAACAGAGCAACUCGCCACCACCAUUUCAAUGGCAACCAGGGAUGGGCAAAUAAUGCUGAUCCAAUUCAAAACAACAUACAAACCCCUCCAAACACACACACACACACACACACACACACGCCACAGCCAAGCAUCUUAUUCUGCUAUAGGUGCUACAUUAAUGCAAAUUAUUUUAUGUUGUUUCUGUUCACAGGAAUUACUAGAUGGUAAUUAAAAGUAGAGAUACUAUUUGCUUUCCCUCCUGUCACCUCUGAGCCCAAUGCCACUCAGAUCACCUUUAGAAUCCAUUUUGGUGCUUCAGCUGAGAUGAACUAAUUUGGAGAUCAAACCUGGGACUUACCUGUGCUGAUCCACAGUACACUUAACCAUCGAAUUCAUUGGAGGAAAGUCUGAUACAGAUAUUAUCUAGUUCCACAAUAUAAUUAAUCUUGAAUGAGAUAUUUGUAGACCAAAUAAACCUACCAGGAACUGAUUUUAAAAUAACUGAACUAAUAUAGGUUUUUAGUGUUCAAAUGUUCCUUCAUUUGAAAUAUACUCUUGGUUUUCCCCCUCUGCUUUCCGUUAUUAGUCUAGUUUUGAUGGCUUCGUGGGAUGAUGGUUAAACUCACUGUCCAUUCUUCUACAGUUUCCUAGGCCAAACUAUGAUGGUUGGAGGCAUAUUCUCUGCAAAACAAGAUGGAGAAAAAUCAUGUUAUUUUUAACUAGGUUUUACCUCUUGAAUGUGAUAUUGACCUUUGGAAUAUACAAGUCAGGACCUGAUAAAAGGUAGGACAUGGUUUGGUAGGAUUUUAACAUUGAACAGUGCUGUGACUUGAGCCAUUGAACAGAGUAAUAUGAAACAUCAGAAAGAAAACAAAUCUUGUCUGUUAUAAUUAUUGCAACCCACACAGAAAAAUAGAAGCAGGAGCCCUUCAAACCUGUUCCACCAUUCAUUAUAAUCAUGGCUGAUCAACCAACUCAAUAGCCGCUUUUCCCCCAUAUCCUUUGAUCCUUUUAGCCCCAUAUGCAAUACCUAACUCCUUCUUGAAAUCUUUAUAUGAAAGGAGAACAAUUAGUUGUUUUACUUUUAGCAACUGGGUACUUUCCGUACUCUCAAUCUCUAAACAACAAAAUCUGUUUUCAUUGAUAAGAAUUUCAUUUUUUAAUUAUGGAAAAAUACAUUGAGCACAAUGAUAGCCAAAUGGUCAUGUAGCCACAUGUAGCUAUACUUUUUCAUCUGGAGUUCAUUUGUAAGUAAUUAGCCAACUAAGACAUUCCCUUCCUCUUCCUAAUAUCAUUUAUUUCCAGUUUAAUCACAGCAAUGGUUUUGAUGAAGAAAUGCCUACAGCCAAAUUGAUAUAAUCUUUCCAGAGUACUUAUUUGCUAUUAUGCCAUCUUGUUGUUCCUUAAAUGAUUCCAGUCUCUUGGUUCUUCGAACAUGUUCCAGCUGUAAGUAAACCUGUGUGUGUAAAAGAAGCAAAACUUCAGAUGUCUGGCAUUAAUAUGCCUUUCCCAUCCUGAGACUGUACGACGUAGUUGUGUUGUGCUUGUACAUCCGAGGAUAUAGAUUUUUUUUAUUCCUCUCCUGUAUGCUGUUAAGUAUCUUCCUUACCAUUUAUUGAUGCCAGAUUUCAACCUGACUCAGUGGGGGCUCUGCUGACCCAAUCUACAUUCAUUCCUCAGCCAAUGUCAGUAAAGUUGAUUAUCUGAUCCUUUAAUUUAUUGCUGUUUGUACAGUCUUGACCAUGUACAAUCUGACUGACAAGUCACCCUAACAUUACAGCAUUGUCUGAACUUCAAAAAUAUCUCACUGUCUUGGGCCUUAAUGGGUGCUCUCUGUCUGAGGCAUCUCUUUCUUGUCAUUGAAGAGUCUCAGCAUGUUACAGUUUAUAUUAUUGCUUAGAGAGAAAGAAAAUACUGUUUUGUGAUGGAAAUGCAAACCAGGCUAGUGAGAAUAUGAAAGUCAGAUAUCUUGGCAUCCCUGAUCAAGCUCAUGUUCCCAAAGGGCACUUUGGAGGUUUACACUGAUGGACUUUAGAUCAAC